AAGGUUGUGAAAGUUGCCCACUGUCCUCUUCUGUUGAAUGACGUUGGUUUCGUGUCUCUAUGUCCUUCAACAAAAAAGCUAUUACAAAAAGAAGAUUUCUAUUGGACAUGCAGUUCGCACACCAAGCUAUUACAAAAACAAAACAAAAAAACGAAGGAUAAUUGCACUUUCUCCACGGUCCCUUACGAAAAGAGGAACUCUUGCAGGGGAAACACGCAUUGCGACGGCUUUUGCAGACUGAGGACUGUGCCAGAACAAAUGCAAGCUUUUCUCCUUGGUGUUGCACUUCUUGAUAUCGUUCUUGGUGCAGAACAUGCAUAUCAGCAGUUCAUUGAGUGUGCAUUCAAUAGUGAAGCGCAAGAUGAACAAUUAUGGAGCUAUGGAUAUGACGGCAAAGACAUCAUGCAUGUGGAUUUGGAGAAGGAAGCUGUGGUUGCUACCAGUGAACCUGGCCAGCUUUUAGCAGAGGAGAGAAAAAGCAAAGAAUACAUUAAGAGAAAAGAGGAAAAACUACAGAAGGUGUGCUCUGCUGUAAAAACUGUCUUCUUUGCAUCCAACAACUCUCUCUCCAAGGCAGCAAAACCAACAGUGUAUGUUUCUUCCGGAGGAGAAAAAAAACAGGAAUAUCUUAAAUGUGUUGUGCAUGGCUUCUAUCCAAACACCAUUCGAGUACAAUGGACCCAUAAUGGAAGACCCAUCUUUUAUGGUGUAUCAACUACUGGAAUACUGCCUCACAUAGAUGGCACAUUCCAGAUGACCUCCUUUCUUAGUCUUGAUAAGGUCAGUGCCCACGAUGUUACCUGUGAGAUUGAACACUCAAGCAUCAAUGGGAAAUUAAGGAAAACCUACGAGGAAAAAUCAUCUUUGUCACAAAUCCCAGAACCUGUUCUGGCAGUGUGUACCUUUAUUCUUGGGUUUGUUUUACCAGUGGUCCCAACUGUAAUAAUUAUAUGUAUAAGGCAACGAACAAGAAAGCCAACAGAGGAUGAGAUUAAAGACACAGCAAGUGACGAGUCAGAAGCAUCUCUAUCAAUUAAUUUAAUGAACAUGUCACAGGAAUCAUAAAAGAUUUGCGGCUAAUCUUUUUUUAUUAUACUUUUUCGUACUCAUGUAACGGUUGCCAGCUGGUAGGUAGCUGUGUGGUGUGUAAACCUCAGUCUUUAGCAUGCCCACCUCCCAUGCCGAGCGGGAUUCAAACCGGGGUCUCCAGCAUGGAAGGUGGGUGCGCUAAUGAGGCUAAAGGCUACAGUCUAUAACAUCAGUCGCUAGUGCACUUCUUGAAGCCAGGGGAGUGAGGUUUACACACUGCACAGCUACCUUCCAGCUGCUCGGAGCAGGUUGAGCAGGACUGUUUACAGUGGUGCCGUGACCCGGAAGGGAGUGAGGUUUAGGGAGGUGAGUGUAACGGUAGCCAGCUGGAAGAUAGCUGUGCAGUGUGUAAACCUCACUCCCCUGGCCUCAAGAGGUGCACUAGCAACUGAUGUUAGAGACUGAAGCCUCUAGCCUCCUCAUUAGCGCACCCACCUCCCAUGCUGGAGACCCUGGUUUGAAUCCCGCUCAGAGUGGGAUGAGCAGGACUGGUUGCAGGCUCAGACAAAUACUUUCUUUUCAUAUUAUGUGUAGAAUUGUAUCAUAAGCAUGCACAAUUUUUGUUUUGUUAUGUAUCUAUCUCUAAUAGGCAAUACAAGUAUAUGCAAGUGAUUUUUUUUAUACUGCUUGAUGAAAAGUAAGCUUGAUGAGUUGAGUUUAUACAUGUAGCAGAACCUUUUGUAGAGCUACUUUGUAUUAUAGUCUUGUCUAAUUUACAUUGUAUUUAAAGUAUAAUAAAUGUUAAUACUUGUA